UGAUUUUUUAUAUAUAUAUAUAUAUAUAUAUAUAUAUAUAUAUAUAUUUAUUUAUUUAUCUAUUCUGGUCAAGAUUAUUUUCCCCAAUGGCUGAGAAAUUGAAACUCCUGUCUUUCCUGUGGCUAGUAAUAGCCUGUAUUGCAAACCAGACGGCAAACUCAACCGUGGCGGUGACACCUUCUGACAACAUAACCACAAAGGUGCCACCUUCUGACAACUCAACCACAAAGGUGCCACCUUCUGACAACUCAACCACAAUGGUGCCACCUCCUGACAACUCAACCACAAUGGUGCCACCUUCUGACAACUCAACCACAACGGUGCCACCUUCUGACAACUCAACCACAAUGGUGCCACCUUCUGACAACUCAACCACAACGGUGCCACCUUCUGACAACUCAACCACAACGGUGCCACCUUAUGACAACUCAACCACAACGGUGCCACCUUCUGACAACUCAACCACAAUGGUGCCACCUUCUGACAACUCAACCACGAUGGUGCCACCUUCUGACAACUCAACCACGACGGUGCCACCUUCUGACAACUCAACCACGACGGUGCCACCUUCUGGCAACUCAACCGUGACGGUGCCACCUUCUGACAACUCAACUGUGACAGUGCCACCUUCUGACAACUCAACCAUAGCAACACCACCUCCAACUGGAACAGGUCCUUGUUCUCCAAACCCAUGUGGUCAGGGCAGCACCUGUGAGACGUAUGGUAACCAAAGCUUUAUCUGCUUGUGCUUGCCCGGGGAUAACUACAAUUAUGAAAGAAAAAGUUGCGAGAAUGCCAAAAUUUUCCCAGGACAGCUAGGGCUACCAGAUAUAAAAUAUAUGCCAGGCAUGGAAAUCAAGGGCUCACUGCUAUUUCUAGAAGCUUCGAAAAAUAUUACUACUCAGCUGACAAGUGUCUUCAGUUCAAGUGAGUCAACUCAGGGUUUCUCCAAUGUCACAGUGCUCGAAAUCAAGAAACUUGGAAACACCAGAGAUGGUUCAGGAAUCAAUGCAACUGUAGACAUGAUCUUCCUCGCAAAUUCGGGGGUCAAAACAACAAAUAUUGAAAAAAUCUUGCAGAACAACAACUUAGAGUUCAAUGUAAAAAGCCUGUGUGACGACCACCCCUGUGAUGAGAAAACCACAGAUUGCACAUCAACAGAUGGAAAUUUUAACUGUAAAUGUAACGACAACUACAUCAUGACAAACUUGUCCGACAGACUAUGUAUCGCUUGUCCCAGUGGAGAACAUUCCUCUGAUAAGGUAACAUGUGUAAAAUGUAACUUUGGUUACACUGGUUUUAACUGCGAAGAACACUGGCUGCUCGCGCUGGUCAUCGUUUCCUGCACGCUUGGGGGAAUACUGCUCAUCUGCCUCAUCCUUCUGCCCAUACUCUCUUGCAGGUCAAAGAGGAGCUCCAAGAAGAAGAGUCAAAAUGUAGAUCUUGGGAAACCUUAUGUCAGUCACUCUCCUGCCAAGUCACCGUUGGUAUACAGUAACAGCUACCUGGGUAACAGCCAGCAAUCCUCACAGAGUGGCUUAAUAUAUGGCCAAGGUGGAGGUGCACCAGAAAUCCCACGGGCCAAAGCCAGCAGCGUUUGGGACAGAACAACCAACCUGGAGAUGCCUUCAAGGAACAACCAGCAAAACAGGGACAGGGAGUCGAACCACUACUUUGACGAUGACAUGAACUCGCACGCUCAGUCUCGACCUCAGAGCGAGCACACUGCUUUUGCACGACCCCGGAACCCGUACGUCCAGAAUCGACCUCCAGUCAACCCGUACAGUCAGAGCCAGGGUUACAACAAUCCCUCCUUCGUACAAGACAACGGAAGAUACCGCAACUAAAGACACACCAUGACGUUUUCUGACAUUUCCAACGAUCAAAACUCCUAUUACUGCAUGUUUAGAGACACGUAGACUGUCUAAUUACUGUCUACUCUAAAUGAUUCUAGUCUUUGCUCAUGUGUGUGAUGAUCUUCUUGUUGACUGUCGUUCAGUCAAAAUAUUAUUUCCUCAAUGAUAUCUAUGAAAACUGACACUGUGAAACACACUGCUGUUUGAUGUCAUUCUCGCGUCUAUGAAUUUACAAAUGUACAUUUACGGGAGUGUUCUUCCAUCAAAUCGGGGCCUGUUAGCUGCCUUUAGCUACUUUUAUGUAAUUUAUAAAAGAAAAGAAAAUACGUUUCUGCCAUGAAAAUUUAAUCGUGUUCUAUUUUGUAUGAAUAUAUUUAUCGUUCAACUUUUUUCAGUGGCUGAUUGAUACCAGGAUGUUAUGUUGCGUAAACAUUUCAUUUCAUUUACCACGCUAUACUAGUAUAAGGGAGUAGGUUCAAAUACACUGAAGCCUAUUUUGAAAUAAAAACUUUGCACUUUU